AUGUCGAACUAUGCACGACUCCUUCAACAUCUGCAUCAAAGGGAGCGUAUACUUCCUCUGGAAACCAUCCAAGCCGCUCUCUCUCAUCAUCUAGCAAAUGUUCAGCCUCUUCCGACACCCCUAGUAGCGACGGCAAUCACAUCCAAUCUCUUUUUCGCAACACCUUUCACACUUCCCCCGCUUCAAAGUCUUCAGGUCUCACUCAGACAUGCAUUACACCUCAAAUACGCGCUUUUGGAUAAACCCAAGGCCUUGAAUCCAUCGAUUUUCUCACCGAGCAUCAGAUCUCAGAUGAACCAAUGGGUUUCAGAUUUGAUGAAAGGAUUACAAGGUGGCCAUGCAGUAAUGAGGUUGACUACCGGGACUGGUGUGUUACUCGGACUCGAGGAUUUGAGGAACAGCAGGGACCUAGAGCUUGGGAUUAGACGCACGGUCGAAGAUGAAAUUGUCGUUGCUUUCGCGGAGAUUAUGGACUUGUACAAACACGAGCUCAACGAAGACAGCCAAGAUCAAGCAAGCAUAGCAGGAUGGGAACGAGAGUUUCAAGGAAGUGAAACGGCCUCCGAAAUCUCUACCAUUACACUUUGCUUAGUCUUAGCAUGUCAUUCAUUACCGUUCAUUCCGCCCAAGAAACUACAGACGCUUCCGCUUGCUAGACUCUCGAGGAUUCUUACGUUAUCCGUCACUUCCGCUUUCCGAGAAGGAAAUUUUCUCGAGGAGGAAAGCCGUAAUGGCAGCGGCUCCUCUGCGUUAGUUUUCGAUGUGAUUGCCCCACUUUCCAAGCUCACAUCACUUACACUGGCUCUACUGAUUGACUUGCGAGCUUCCGAAGGGAUCGAUGUCGCCGCUAGUGUCGAGGAGAAACUCUGCCAGGUCUGUGCUAGGGUAGAAAGUAAUAUCCAAAAUAUUUUGGAGCAUUCGGCGGCGAGGGAUUCUUGGCAAGUCCUGAAAACGCUGUUAUUCUCUUGUGUAAUGAUCACGGAAGCCCUCCUUUCUUCCUCACUUUACAUACCGCGUUCCGUCUAUUCUUCCGCGACGACAGUGAAUUCCAAUGGGAUCAAACUGGUGACUCCCGCCACACUAGCGCUGUACACGUUACGGAUCCUUGGCCAUCUGUCGCAUGUCGUGCACCAGUUCGGGGGUGUCACUUCGAUGGGCGUUCCGACCGAGGAUGGGAGCGCGGGUGGCGUUUUCAAAGAAAUGCGGAAAACGUUCUAUUUGGCGUUAGACAUUCUAACCGCCACUGCUGCAGAGGAAACACAAACACAAAGCCUGUUGGAAGAGUUUGUGAAGGAUUUUUGUCAGGCGGUCAAAGUCCACGAUUCUCCUUCAACAAGUUCAUCCCCCAUUCCUGUACACCUAGAACGAAAUCAGCUUCUCUCCAAGACGUCUUAUACUUUUGCGUGCAUUGAACAACUUGUACCGGUUCUCAGCACAGUGUGUCUGUCGGGGGAUGUGUGGUCAAUCCUUGAACCGCAUCUCCAUCUCCCCGAAAGUGAUCCAGACACUCUCAAGUCGCUGAGAGAAACAUAUGAAGCUGCUCAUUCCGUCGUCUUGGCGGUGUUUGAUACCAACGCCAAUAGCUACGAUGGCAACGUUAACCAUCGAAGUGAGCUAUCAACCUUUGCGGAACAUUUGGUGCCUUUCUAUGUAAAGUGCUUGAUCGAGAACUCACACGAAGGUCAACUGAGUACCGUGCAGCUAUGUAUGGCCUUCAAAGCCCUGCUCCGCAGUGCAGCGUGUUCUCAAACAGAGAGAGAUGGUUAUGCCGAUCAACCAGUGAAUUAUACUUUAGCUUGGUUUUGCAUCUCCGCAAUAGUCGAGGCUCAAAAAGUUCUGGAGGCGGAGCUGGCCUCGGAAUAUAGAGCAUUACAAUCCGACGGCGGGUCUCUUUCAGGGAAGACCUCAGCUCUUCUAAAGGAGAUGAGACUUCAUCGACUGAGGAUGGUCAUGAUUGCGGGUCUUUCCGCUGUGCCGCACACCUUACUCGCGGAGUUCCUGACCGAGCUUAAGCGAACUGUACUCAACCAUGCUGAGCGUGCGGGCCCUGAAGUAGUACUUCACACUCCAGACACGAGGAAAGGCAAGGGGAAGGGGAAGGAAGAAGAACAACGAGAGGCUCCAGUUGAAAUAUCAACUAUGCUGGCAAUGCCCAAAUCCAGCACAGACGAGAAAAAGGAAGAACUGUUACAAGCCCUGUACCUUGAGGCGACUGAACGUGUUGGGGAUCGGGAGAAGGAGUUCGUAAUAUCUUGGUGGUACGACAAUCUGGACCUGUUAGGAUGCGAACUAGGUUCUUACAAGAAAGGAGAAGUGAGGUCAGAACCUUUGGCAGGCAGGAUUGCUGGUAACGAGUCUGCGACUGCGUUGGCAAGGUUGUAACUACAUAUGCUUCAUCAGUGACGAUACCGUGUAAGCACUUAUCUACCUAUCGUGGAGGUUGUAUUUGUCCGGGCGCCCACGACCUUACUGGGACCGCCUCGCGUGCCUUGACGGUGCGCUUUUCAAACAAAUAACUACAUCUCCGAACCUGC